GUGACUGGUUUUCGGGCUUUGCACAGAGACCCUUCCCUCUCUCUUUACCUCCACAUCCUGUUGGAACUGUAGCAGUUCUCGCUAUUGUAGCCUCUACAGAGGUACACCCCGCUGCAGCAUAGACGUUUUAGCUGUCGUUAUUUUGUUUUUUGUUUGUUUUCUUGCGGUCCCCCCCUUGAUCUGCUGCUGUGUGUGUAGGUUUCUUGUUGGCUGUUGCAAGCCAUAGGGAGUGGCCCUAUCUUAUGACGAAGAAAGGAGCAAGUUGUCCUCUCGGAACCAGCUGCCCAUAUCGCUGGUGCUGCUCCUAGCAGAGUUGGAAACUUAUAAAAGACGUUGAUCUGUAGCUCGUGCGAUCAGUUUCUCAACAUGUCACAGUGGUGCAUAAGGCCAGGAGGACCCUUCAACCCGGAGGACCCUUCUGCCAUUCGGACCGAACCAUCUCCCCACAGCAGGAUGGAAGCCAAAAUGUACGGAGCAGGUUCCGAAUUAUCCAUCGUCAGCCGGAGCACGAUGAGCACCUGGAUAUCAGAUCGUCAUUUUGUUGAUGAAAUCCAUAAAAAGAGGCGUCGAGUGUGCAAGCGAUGGCGGAAAACGUGUACGCGAGAUUUGCUUUAUCGCCGGUUGCCUUUCUUAUCCUGGAUCACUAAAUAUGAUUUCUCCAAGCUCCUGUCUGACGCCAACGCUGGCAUGGCCGUCUCCUUGACGGCCAUCCCGCAAACCAUCGGCUACGCAGCGGUGGCUGGCCUUCCGGCACAGAUCGGCCUCUAUUCGGCUUUUAUGGGCCCGUUGAUGUACAUUUUCUUUGGAACCGUCAGAGAAAUAUCUGUCGGUCCAAACAGUGUUCUCGCCUUGAUGAUCAAUUCUUACGUCAGCGAGGGCGGAGUCGCCUACGCCGUCAUCCUAGCCUUUCUCACUGGCGUUAUCCAGUUAAUUAUUGGAUUAUUGAAUUUAGGUUUUAUCGUCGAUCUAAUAUCGGCACCUGUUAUUUCGGGAUUUUGCUCGGCGGCCGCACUGACCGCCAUCGCUACGCAAAUGAAAGGGCUCUUGGGACUCAAGUUCCAAGGAUCGAAUUUCCUCGGCGUGUGGAGAGGAGUGUUUGAAAAUCUGUCCGACAUCAACUAUUAUGAUGCCGGGUUAGGAUUCCUAACAAUCUUCAUUUUGCUCAUAAUGCGAAAGCUCAACUGUAUGAUGAAUCUCGAGGUCUUCAAGGGACAGUCUUGUUUACAAAAUCGCUGGAUUUCCCGGGUGUUGUGGUUCCUUUCAUCCAGCCGCAACGCUUCUGUUCUAAUAUUCAGCUGUCUGGCAGCGUACCUGUUGGAAAUAAAUGGAUUGAAUCAAUUGACCUUGUCAGGUGAUAUUGAGCCAGGACUGCCGACAUUCAAGUUACCGCCAUUUCAAAUUGAGCGUCAAGUGGAUGACGACGAAAUUCAAGUUUUGAAUUUUUCAGACAUUUGUGCCGAAAUAGGAGCCAUGGGCAUUGCCCUGUUCCCGUUAGUCUCCAUCCUGGAGCAAGUGGCCAUCGCCAAAACUUAUUCUCACGGCAAAAGUACCGAUGCCACUCAAGAGAUUAUCACUCUUGGAAUCGGUAACAUUGCCGGCUCCUUUGUUGGAGCCAUGCCAAUAUCCGCCAGCUUCGGACGCUCGGCUGUUCAAUCGUCGAGUGGUGUACGAACCCCUAUGGUCAACGUCUUUUCGAGCGGUGUGAUCCUAUUGGCCCUUGGCCUUCUCAUGCCAGCAUUCUAUUAUCUACCCAAAGCUGUGCUGGCCGCCGUUGUCAUCUCAUCCGUUAUGUUUCUGGUAGAAUACGAAGAAAUCAAGCCCAUGUGGAAAUCGAGAAGAAUCGAGUUGCUUCCCUUGGUGAUUACUUUCCUCAGUUGCCUCUUCGUGAACAUGGAGUUUGGCAUAAUACUGGGGGCUGGCUUUCACCUUUUGCUCCUAUUGCACUUGGGAAAUAAGCCAAAAAUCUCUGUCGGAGAAAUUCAGGCCAUAAACGUCAUCAAAACAUCGACGCCGGAAUCGACUAUGGUCAACACUUCUGCCAUAGAAGCCAAAAGGAUAAGAUUAAUCUGUGACCGAAGUCUACAUUUCCCCGGCAUCGAGACGUUCCGGAGUCGCAUCAACGAGGUUAUCCACGACGAGGGAUGCGAGAAACUCAUCAUCAUCGCCGACUUGGAGCGUGUCCUCGAAAUGGACUACACUUCGCUCAAAGUACUUAAAUGCAUCUACGCGGAUCUUCAGAAGAGAGAGCACACACUUAUAUUCGACAAAGCCAACGACGUCAUUCAACAACACCUUACAACGGCUAUGGACAUUCCCGUUUCGGCCUUUAUUCAAAUAACCCGUCAUAACGUAACCGUAUAGUGUUUUUUAAGAAAAUUUGAUCUAUUUUAUAAUGUGUGCACUAACUGUGCUACUUACAGAGUUGCUUCUAAAUCAAAGUCGAUUUCAAGCGCUCAAUUUGUCGUGUGCUGACGGUGCGUUGUUUUCUCCCCCCCCCCUCUGAAGUGCAAGUUCCUGCAAUAGAUUAUGUUACGUAUUUUAUACGAUCUGAAUUGAAAGAUGAUGGUUUCUUUGUUCUUUAUAUUAAACUGAAGUUGACAUGUACAAUACAAUGAAAAUUUGACGGUAAA